CGCACUCAUAGAUUCAUUUUAUUUGACCACAAGAACCGUCAUCACCGGUGUGUUUCUCCACUUCCGUGUGUAUUAUCAGUACAACUGAUGAAUCCAUAAGGCAUGACAACCCAAAUGCAGGCAAUAAAACAAUUGUCAUCUAUUCAUGUGUUUGUUAGUCAACUUAAUAACAUACUGUCCAUGAAGUGGACGUAUCCUUCAUUGGGUCACACAUUGCGUGCAUAUAUUGAGAAGCGAUUAAAUGAUCAAUACUUUGACACAAAUUUACUUGUGACCAACCGAUACUAUUAUCAUCACUAUAAUAAUCUAUGGAUUUAUAGUCAAACCAGUGAAUUAUUACCAUUGUCUUCAAAKGUAUUACCAGAUGUCAAACAGUUUUCAAUUGUAAUUAUUGCAAAAGAUUUUAAUCCCGAGAAAUAUGAAGUAUUGACCAAAAUAUUUAUGAAAAUCUAUGAGAAAACGGGAGACAUUCAGAAACUAUUGUCCUAUUAUUUAACACUUUUGAUAAACGACUCGUUUAGCAUCAAUGAAGAACAUCUGAAUMACUGUCAAAAAUUCAAUGUCCAAGACUAUGAUUGUCCGCAAGUGAUCCACUCUAAGUCACCAAUUAAGUCAAUAAUCAAAAUGUUUGGUUUGGAUGUCAUACUCAUCUAUACGGCUUUAAUACUCAAGCGUCGGGUAGCUGUAUAUCACCAUAAAUUGGAUACAUUAUUACAAUUUAUUCGGGCGUUACCAGCGUUUAUUUGGCACCGACCGGACAUCUAUCAGAUAUUGUAUCCGUUUGUCGAACUGAGCUCUACGGAUGAGAUACAAGACCUACAAUURCAUAAUCACUAUAUCGCAGGUUUUAUCGAGUCUGAGGCCCAGAACCGCAUCGAUUUGUACGAUCUGUACGUCAAYUUAGCGGCCGUUGAGAUCACUGUCAACCACUCGUGCAAAGAAGUGUUUGCAAUGACAAAGUCACACAAAGAAAUCGCCGUAUUCUUGACCAGACAGGCGGACAUCAAUAAUAAUAAUGAUUUUCAUGUCAUCAAAGAUAUCUGUGAUAAGAAUCUGGAAAUCAUUAAUAACUUGAAAAUUAUGGGCACUAUUGACGAGACGUGUAACCAACACAAUGGAUCCAAUAGUAGUUCUGUGGUUACAUUGGAAGCGCUUCGUCAACGGAAUCUCAAUCCAAAUCUGGAAAACUUUUUAUGGAAUUUAGCCGUCGCUGAGGAUCUCAAUUAA